AGCGCAGCGUGCGAUGGUCGAGGGCGACCGCUUCGUCGCCGCGUCGCAUCCCCGCUGGGACGCCGCCGCCACGCUAGCAUGGGUCCGUGGGCAGCCAGGCUACGUGGCCGCCCAAGCAGCGCGCACCGACACGACACUCCUCGCCCACUGGUACUACGAAGCGAGGCUGGCGCGACCACGCGACGAGAGCGACGAUGGCGUCUCCACGUCCUGCUACGAGGCUCGGUAUACGUGCCAGCCGCACGCGCUUCGCGACGUGAGCCCGUUGGCCACGGUGCCGUUCGACCACCGCCAAGGACUGAUUGACGAGAGCUUGGUGUUCAAAACCAUGUGCAAGGGCUGCGUCGUGCAUGUGGUCUGCUCUCGUCGGCAGUCGGAGCUCGCGAUUGGCCUCGACAACUUUAGCGGCGUUGCGACGGAGGACGUCGACAGCUUCCAACGAACGCUCGCCGACCUGCUCGACCCUGCUCGGAAGCAGUCUCUCUCGUCUCUCGUGCAGUGGCUGCAUGCGCGCCGAUGAUAACUCAAUCAACCCAGGGUGUGAUUUCCAG